AUGGCAAUUACAAAUUUAGCGCUCAUUACUAAGCUUGGCUGGAAGUUCUUGCACUCUAAUUCCUUAUGGGUGGAGCAUUUACAGAAGAAAUAUAUCCACUAUGGUUCUUUCUUCUCUACUUCCUCAGCUGUAACAACUUCAUGGAUUUGGAAGGGACUUCAGAAAUGCAAGGAAUAUCUUAUUGCAGGAUCCUGUCUGAUUGUAUCUACGAAUAGCUCUGACUGUAUUUGGACAUCGGCCUGGGUUCCGACCCUUCCUUCCUAUCGACCUUCUCCCCAUAGUCCAAAUUCGAGAUAUUUACCUCCCUUGUCCAUCUCUGAUUUAAUUAUGCCAGGAACGCGUUGCUGGAAUAAGCGCCUUCUGUCCACCCUCUUUGAUCCGGUCUCUGCCAUGGCUGUUGGUAGGAUACCAAUUUCAGAUGAAUCUCAAAAAGGAUAUCUCUGGAUUCCUUCUGCUUCUGGGAGGUUCAGCACUUCUUCAGCCUACCUUUCUAUCUUGAAUAAGAAUUUCACUGGAUCCAAUCUGUCUCCUUUGUCAUCUUUUUGGAGGGAUAUGUGGAAACUUCAACUUACAGAUCGCCUCCGAAUUUUUAUUUGGAAAAUAGCUUGGAAUAUUAUUCCAACUACUCAGCGAUUACAGUCAAUUAUUCCUUCAUAUCGUCCAGAUGCUUCCUGUCCUCUCUGUAAGGGAGGGCCUGAUUCCCUUCGGCAUCUUUUCUUCCACUGUCAUUUUGCAAGAGUAGUUUGGCGUCUUUCACCCUGGCCUCUUGAUUCUACCACAUUGGAUUCCCCAAACUUAUGUGACUGGGUUCGAAUAAUUUUAUAUCCUCAGGCCCUUCUUCAUAUUCCCUCUUUGGAAUUGCAUCGUUUUCAGGUAUUUGCAGCUGUAGCUUGUGAUCUUCUUUGGUUUCAUCGCAAUAAAGCUUACCAUGAUGGCAUGUCCUUCGAAGCCCGUAAGAUUGCUUUGCAAAUAGUCGCUACUUAUCAUCAACAUUGUGAUGCAUGGUCUGCCAAGCUACGGCCUGUGCCGGAAAAAUGGAUUCGUCCUCCAUUAUAUUGGCAUAAGCUCAACUUCGAUACUGCCAUUCGUGAUUCCUUUUCCUGCCAAGCUGCUAUCUGUCGCAAUCAUGAUGGAAGAUUGGUCAAGAUGGCUACCCAGAUCCAGUCCAAUUGCUCUCCUAAUAAAGGCGAGGCUUUAGCUGCAAAACUUGCUGUUUCUCUAGCUUUAUCUCUUCAGCUUGAUCGUUUUAUUAUUGAAGGUGACUCCCAGGUAGUUAUCCUUGCUUUACAACAGCCAUCUAUUGUUCAGGAUUGGCGUAUCACUGACAUCAUUCACCAAACGCUAGACAUGUUCCCUCCUGAUUCUUCUUGGUCAGCUCGAAAAGUCAAUAGAAGUGCAAACUUCGGUGCACAUUAUGUGGCACAUUGGGCCGCAGCUCGAUUUUCGUUAAGCAGCAUUCCCACCCUUCCCUCAUCAACUUAUUCCACUACUACUCAGAUUGUCAGUGUUGCGCAUGGUCCAGAUCUACGGAACUCUGUUGUUUAG